CAACACACACACACACACACCCUCUCUCUCUGUCAAAACCCAACCCACAACCCACGCCCACCUACCUCCCUACGACCCACACUCUCACCCCCUCCUCCAGCCAUCCCCCACAGACAAUGGAAGCCGCCGCCGCCGCCGCCGACGACAACGACGCACCACCUUCCUACACCUCAGCCACCACGACCGCCCUCCCACCGCGCCCACGGCCGCCUCCCCCUGGCGCACUCCUCGAGCUGCCAAUACUGACGUACAUGCGGACGCACCGGGUCAUCCUCGCGUCCGCGUCGCCGCGGCGGCGGGCGCUGCUCGCGCAGCUAGGGCUGCCGGACCUGGAGAUCCGGCCGUCGGCGGCGCCGGAGGACCUGCCGAAGGCGGAGCUGGACGCGCACGAGUACGCGGUGCGGACGGCGCAGCGGAAGGCGCUAGACGUGUACGCGGCGCUUGUGGCAGCGCCGGCGGCGGGGGCGGGCGGGGGGCGGUUCGCGGGCGAGGAGCCGGCGCUGGUGAUCGCGGCGGACACGGUGGUGGUCGCGGGGUCGGCGAUCCUGGAGAAGCCGGGCUCGGCCGCCGCGCACGAGCGGAUGCUGGCGCGGCUGCGGGACGCGGGCACGCACCGCGUCGUGACGGGGGUCUGCGCGCUGGCGCCGCGCGCCGACGCCGCGCACCCGGGGUACUGCGCCGCCGCGGCCGCGGUCGAGACCCGCGUCGCCUUCGCGCCCGUGCCCGACGACGUGCUCGCCGCCUACGUCCGCACCCGCGAGGGCGCCGACAAGGCCGGCGGCUACGCCCUCCAGGGCCUCGCCGGCUCCCUGCUCGUCGCCCGCGUCGACGGCCCCGUCGACAACGUCGUCGGCCUCCCCGUCCGCCGCUGCCUCCAGCUCUGCGAGAAGGUGCUCUUCCGCCAGGGCCGCCCCGGCGCCGACGACGACGACGACGACGGCGACACCGACGAGGAGGAGGACGGCGACGAAGAGGAAGACGACGAAGAGGACGAGGAAAGGGCGCAGGAUGCAAAGCGCGGUGGAUAAAUAGCCAGGCGCCGAAUAAAUAGGGCAGGCGCAG